UGUUUUAAAUCCCAUCCCCGUUCGGCCUCCGCCCCUCGUCUCGUCUCGACUCGAUCUCCGCUCCCAAAGCCCUCAAUUCUGAAUCCCUCCUAGUCCCAUCGGAUCUCCAUGGCGCUCAAGGCCGUGCACGUCUCUGACGUCCCCUCGCUCGACCAGCUGCCGGAGGCCCCCGUCGUCGCCCUCUCCACCUCCUCCCGUCUCCACAAAGGGGCGGGAUGGGUGAACAAGGCGGAGAGGCUGGUGGUGAUCGGGCACCGAGGGAAGGGGAUGAACGCGCUGGCGUCGCCGGACCCGCGGCUGAGGGAGGUUAAGGAGAACUCGCUCCGCUCCUUCAACGAGGCCGCACGCUUCCCCAUCGACUUCGUUGAGUUCGACGUCCAGGUCACCAAAGAUGGCUGCCCCAUCAUCUUCCAUGACGAUCUCAUACUCACCGAAGACGAAGAUGGAAAGAUUUCCGAGAAGCUUGUCACCCAUCUUUCCUUGGAGGAGUUCCGUUCCUACGGCCCCCAAAGAGAUCAUCAUACAAAGGUGGGGAAACCAUUGCUGAGGAAGGCAAAAGACGGGCGAAUCCUGAACUGGGCCGUCAAAGCAGAUGACUCGUUUUGCACGCUGCAAGAAGCAUUCCAAGGUGUCGAUCCCCGUGUCGGCUUCAACAUCGAGCUAAAGUUCGUCGACGAUGUCGUCUACGAAGAAGAAGAGCUCACUCGAUCGCUUCGAGCGACCUUGCGAGUUGUCUACGAGUUCGCCAACGAGAGGUCAAUCAUCUUCUCGUCCUUCCAGCCCGACGCCGCACGACUAAUUCGCAAACUCCAAAAUGACUACCCUGUGUUCUUCCUCACCAAUGGAGGAACGCAGAUCUACGGGGAUGCAAGGAGAAACUCCUUGGAUGAGGGAAUCAAGCUCUGCUUGGCAUACGGCUUGCAGGGAUUAGUGUCCGAAGUCAAAGCCAUCUUUAUGAAUCCAACAGCUAUAGCCAUAAUCAAAGAUUCCAAACUUGCCCUCCUAACAUACGGACAACUGAACAACGUUCCCGAGGCAGUCUACAUGCAGCACCUCAUGGGGAUCAACGGCGUGAUCGUGGACUUGGUCCAAGAUAUCACUGAGGCUGUUUCGGAGUUCAUCAGCCCGGACGCAGAAGAUGCGGUCGAGGCAAAGGUGAAGGAGGCUUCGAGGCCCAAGUUUUCCCAGCAUGAGCUUUCGUUUCUGUUGAGGCUCAUACCUCAACUGGUACAACAAUGACACUUACUGUCGUCUUCGUGUACGAGAUUAUGUAGAAUUUUUUUCGAUGUUCCCCUUCAGGGGUAAUCGCUGUACACUAAUUUGAUAUGGGCUCUCACUCUUUCUUCGA